UUUACUGGUCUUUAUGUAGAUCUUACUCAGAAAUUGCAAGUGUAUUAUUAAUAAGUUCAAUUUUACUAAUUAGCUGGAAGGUAAGGAGGUAGCUUCACGUGGCCUUUACCAAGUAUUACUUUGCAAAUAUUGAUCAUAAUAUACAUAUCCAUAUUCGGUAUAUUAGACUCAUCCGCAAGCUAUCAUAUCCGUUAUAAAAGUCGCGGAGAAGACAGAAAGAUAACGGCAGAGAUGGGGUAUAUGACAGUGAAAACGCAUACAGCCUCUCUGUUACAUCUUACAAGGUCCCCCGGAAUUCGCUCGUGGUCAUUGCUCGUUGGUAUAGCCUCGGUUGGUUUGGCAGCAGCUUACUACAGCUCAGAUAGCAUAUUAUGGAAGCUGUUCUAUGUGGUAGGCUGUUUCUUUGUGGCUCUCCAGAACAUGGAAGAUUGGGAGGAAGCUUUGUUCGACAAAUCCAGUGGGCAGAUAGAGCUGAAGUCGUUUAGUUUAUAUGCCAGAAUUUUGACCCUUUGGAAGAAAGGUCGGGAGAGAGUGGUGCUGCCCUUGCGAUACCUGCGGGAUGUCACCGUUGAGGAGGAGAAGGUUCGCUACCUAGGAAAAGGUUACCUUGUGGUGCUACGCCUGGCUACAGGCAUCUCACACCCACUCACGCAGAGUGCCACUCUGGGUGGAUGCAGUGAUGUAGAUGCGGUGGCCAAGCUGCUGAAACGGUUUUUGGGACUUGAAGAGCCUAAACGAUUUCAACAUGAAGAUGAUGAUGGAGCAAUGGAUGACGCUGAUGAUUACAGCAGCGACUCGGAUGAUGAUGAGGACCACUGACCUGUCUGUGAUGCUCCACAGUUACAUUGUGGGAAAUUUUGACGUCCAGUACGUAGAUCAAAAACCAUGAACUUUAUUUACUCCAUUGAACAACUCCCUACAGUUCUUCAAUAUAUACAGCACGUAUUUAAAAUUUUUAAAUUGUUGCUGAAAUGUAUGGUUUAUUUGCAUAUACUCCGUGCAGGAAAUUAAGAUGCAUGACUUGAUACAACUAUCAAUUAUAGUGAUAGUUGACCAGAUGGUUUCUGAUCUUUACGUUACAUGUUCAUCAGUCAACUGCAUGUGUCUCCAAUAUGUGGAAUUGCCUUCUACUGCUAAAGCAACCCAUUGGCCUUGGACCAGUUGCAUGGGUCUAACUUCAGUACCUCAGGAUGAGCAACUUUCCAUUAUGCACUAAAAGACCAGAAGUGCAAGCAUUUAAUACAUGCAGGCAUCAAAAAACGUGUUCACCGCUGCUUGCACAACGCCACGGCUGGGAAACUUGUUACAAUACGGACCUCCGAUGCCUACUCUAACUGAACAUAAUGCAUCUUUUUGGAAAACGAAUGAAAGCACAGUUUUGUGUUUUUUUUCUAAUGCAAUGCUCAACGCUUUCUAAUGUCAGAAAUAAAAAAGUGAUCAGUAGGGUUUGGGUAAAAUUUAA